AAAGUCAGUGGUCCCGUUGCCAUGGCUUCCAGUGGGGCCGGCGUUACCGCUGCGGGCUCAGCAAAUGAAGCUCCCGAAAUUCCAGACAACGUGGGGGACUGGCUUCGGGGCGUCUACCGCUUCGCCACCGACAGGAAUGACUUCCGGAGGAACUUGAUUCUUAAUUUGGGACUCUUUGCUGCUGGAGUUUGGUUGGCCAGAAAUUUGAGUGACAUUGACCUAAUGGCACCUCAGCCUGGGGUCUAGCCUGUGAAGACACGUGGAACCCGUGCUGUACUCGAACCCUUCAAAAACAGCCUCCAGUCUGUGACCAUCACAAGACUUGCCCUGCUGGCCGCUGAAGGUUGAUCCAGAGGGCACCUUCCCUUCCCUGCCUGCCUGCCUUCUCUUUGCUGAGUCCACUCAGGACACCCUUCUCUGGUCAGCAGGCAGCCUUCAGCUAAAGUGUUCUUCUGUUCUGUAAAAUGCUGUACAUAGUUCCUAAGUUCUGCAGGGGAUUAUCUUUGCUCUUGUCCUGAGGAAUAAUCUAAUGGUAUUUUAACAAAUAAAGCGUGUACACAAAGA